GGGGGACGUAAUUCUUGCAUUCUGUGAAAACGGAAUUCUUGACGACAAUGGAGAUAAAAAAUUCAAUAUUUGCGGAAGACAAAGAAGAAUUUCCUUGGGAUGAAAAUGCUCUGAAAAGCUUUAAAAAAAUUAUUAAAGAUCAAGGAAUAAAUUGUUGUAUGGACGACAUCUUUCUUCUGGGAUUUCUUCGCGCAAGAAAAUAUGAAAUGGGAAGAUCUCUGCAGUUGCUGAAGAAUUACUACGAAAUUAGACUACAAUAUCCUCAAUAUUUUAAAGAUCGUCUUCCUUCCAAGGUGGAGCAUGUUUUAUCGUUGAAUACUAUGCAAUUUUUGCCUAAACCCGAUCAGAAAGGAAGAUAUGUUUUCAUUUUUGAAUAUGCUAAUUGGGAUACUUCUAUUGCAAAUUCGUAUGAUGUGUUUCGUUGUUGUAUGCUUUACUUUGAUCUUCAAUUAAACUUACAUCGAACACAAGAGAACAAAAUCGUAGGUAUAGCAAAUGGGGAGGGAAUAUCAUUAUCACAUUUCCUUCAAGCCACACCAAGUUUUAUGAAUUCAGUGGCGAAAGUUAUGCUUAAAGAUGCAUAUCAGGCUCGAUUUAGUGAAAUUCAUUUCGUCAACUUGAAUAUCAUCAUUAAGGCAUUUUUAAGCAUUUUUAUUCCACUUCUACCAAAUAAACUGAGAGACAGAUUGCAUCUUCAUUCUGAUAUGUCAACACUACACGAAUUUGUCAGUCCCGAUUGUCUGCCCUUAGAAUAUGGAGGAAAUUUGUCAAGUUUCGAUCCUACUGAAGCCAAUAAUAUGAUUAAAGCUAACGAAGAAUUCUUUAGAAAGAACGAAGAAUACGUGAAAUUGUACGAAGAACAAAAAAAUAAAAAUUUCAGCGAAGGAACGUUUCGCUACGUUAAAGAAGACUUUCAAGAUGAAAAAGUGAAGAAAAUUAUAGAAAAAACAGAAGAAAGAUUUAAAACUUAUUCACAUGAUCCAGAAGCAUUUUUGGCUGCUAUGAAGCAAGAUUCUGAAUUAGAAAUUACACAUUUCUAAAUGUUAUAGAGUUAUGUUCUUCUGAUGUAUGUUAC